CAUCCUUGAUCCACACAUGAUCCACACCUUUACCAGAUAUAAAUAUGCUUAUAAUUAAAAAUAAGCCAAAUCGGGGAUUUAUCACCAAUGGGAAUUACCGUAUGUUAGUAUUCAAAAUCACAAAAUACUUGAAAUCAAUGCUCUUCAAUUUCAAGAUAUCUUAUCUAUUCUGUUGGAACCUUGUUGGAAGAAAAUGCAAAACUAUUUAAUGAUUUGUACCUGAGGAGCAGAUUUAUUUAAAAUUCCGUUAAUUUUUUUUCCCAAAAAUGGCCAUAAAAUUUUCUGUUGAACUUCCUUUAUUUUUUGCAUUUUUUAGUUUUUCAUUAAUCAAUACUCUAAAUACAAAUCUAAUUAUCUAUAGGACGUGUUAUCUCAUACUUGGAUUUGAUAAAAAUAAUUGUUCCUUAUUGGGUAAUGUUUAUAAUGCAACUACAGAGGCAUUGGAAAAAAUAGUCCAGCCGAAGGCUGAUGUUAUUAUGAUGACUAAAACUAGCAUAGAUUCAGUUUUUGGGGCUAUUUUAUGUCUUUUUGUUGGUUCUUGGAGCGAUAGGUUUGGAAGAAAACCAGUUAUUGUGGCUAAUUUUAUAGGUUACACAGUAAUGAUGUGGAUAAUGACGGCUUUUGCUGCUUUAGAAGAAGUCUCUCCAUGGUACAUGCUGAUGUGUACAAUUCCAGUUGUUUUAUCAGGUGGUGGUGCAUCAUUUUUAGCUAUUUUAUUAGCUUAUUUAACUGAUAUAACUUCAGUAGAACAUAGAGGGCUUCAGAUGGGUAUUUUUGAAGCCUUUAUGGGUGCUGCAGUGCUCUUAGGUAAUUUGUCAAGUCCAUAUCUUUUGAGUGCAACAAAUUAUGUGAUGGUGUAUCUUAUAGCAAUGCUUAGUUUGUUUUUAGGGCUUUUGUAUGUGAUAUUAUUGAUUCCAGAAUCGCUGGAGACUAUAGAAACAGGAAAUAAGAUAAGGGGAUUUUUUCAAACCCAAAAUAUUGUUGGAAUGUUUAAAACAACUUUAAGAGAAAGACCUGGUUAUGGCCGAAGCAUAAUUCUCUUGUUGGUAGUAUCUUUAGCAAUAUAUUUCACUACAGUGGCUGGUGAUACUAGUGUCAUAUUUCUUUUUAUGAGAGAACAGUUUCACUGGACCUUUAAACAGUUCACUUAUUUUAGCAGUUUUUGUUCCAUUAAUUGGAUUUUAGGAAGUAUAAUAUUGGUGUAUGUUAUUCAUCACAAAUGGAAAGUGCAAGAGUCAUUUUUAAUAUUAAUUGGGUUCGUCACUAUGACUAUUGGUGCAUUUAUUCAAGGUCUAGCUCAAGUAGAUUGGUUAAUCUAUUUUGCUGCUGUGAUAAAAAUUCCUUCAACUUGUAUUUCACCAAUGACAAAAUCUAUGCUCUCCAAACUAGUUGAGGAUAACGAAUCUGCUAAAAUAUUCGCUGUUUUUACUAUUAUGUCGAAUUUAUUGGGCCUUGUUGGAGCUCCCUUAUUUACUACUUUAUAUAAUGCCACUAUGGGUUCAUCACCCGGUAUAUUCAAUUUUGUCACAGGCAGUGGGCAAGCAAUGAAUACAAUUUAUUUACUUGUAGUGAUAUGGCUACUACGAAGAACACAAUCAACACCUUAUUCUAGUAUAUCUAACGAAAAUCAGGAUUCUGUUAUUACACCACAAAACGAGACAGACAAUUAAAUCAAGUUUACUUUAAUCUUU